UCACAGACCUUCUCGGCAUGUACUAAAAUGAAGAAGAAGUGGGUAAGAAGAUAGAAUGGGCCGCUCCGUGUCCGCACUAUCGCUUCCCGAAUGAAUUCAUCAACUUUGUGUAGUCACACGCUAUGAAUUUAGGGUGAUGAUCUACAGGUCAAAUGCAUACGUACGUCGACAAUGAAUUGAAAUCCCGGCCUGAUUGUUCGGAAGAUUGGAAGGAUGUCAUCUUUUACGAUGGGAAAAGCUCCACAUCCUACAUGUGUAUUCACUUGGCAAUAUCGUUUAUGAUGGAACGGACCUUGUUUCAUUGCGAACAACAGGUCGAUCAUGAUCAAGAUGUCGUCCAUUCCACCUCCUUCAUCCUCUUCAAUCCCCUUCUUGCAGUCUUUGGGUGAAUUUGAUGCCAAUAUGCCGAUGGUGUCGGUACCUUGGAGUCAACCUGCUUCGGUAGUGGUGAUUUUAUUGGGAGAACACAUCAGUCAACAUACAGCAUUGAAUCUAUCCUAUUCCAUCUCUUUUGUUGGCCCGUUGCUUCUUGGUGGCCUAGUAUGGGAUAUAUUGACGACAGAUGUUGCUCUCGCUUUGCAAUCAUUGGUAGGAUGUAUUGGUGGAGUUCGGAACGGAAAAGACAAAGGCAAUCGAUUAAGAUCAUCUUCCGAUCAAAGCAAAGAUUCUGUGCAAUCUCAAGCGCCACAAAGAGAAACUGAACCGAGAAAUUUAAUCCUUUCAAGUUUCAUUGACCGUUCACAAAGCGACGAAAGAGAAAGAGACGAACAAAUGCAAAUUGCCAAUUUAGACAAACAGGUUACGGUGAAAGUUCUUUCUGUUCUCAACCGACUUUGUUCUUUCUUAGCAAGAGCAUCUGCUUUGGCUUUGAUCACACUGUAUAUCGCCUACACUCAUGGUGAUCAUGAAAUUCAGUGUGGAUCAUGGCCGCAUACAAUCGUUGGACUUGGCGCAAUUGCAACAUCAAUGAUCACUGUAUCAAUUUUCAUCAACGCAUUUCUUGCAUUUCCAGAAGCUUCACAAUGGCUUUUCUUUCCACUUUCAUUUUUUGCCCUUGCGCAAUUUGGAAUGUCUUUCGCUACAGUUGCAGCUUGGAGAGGAGGCUUAAGACCAAGUGGUGUGGCUUGCUAUUUGCGCAUCAGUAGAUGGAGCGGUAUCUUUCAUUUGGGCAACUUGAUCUUUUUUGUUUUCUUGCCGUUUUUCUUCUUCUGUCAAAAUUCAUCGCUUUCUGUAACGAAGAACAAGAACGGACACAAGCGCAAGACAAGUACGAUCGUCGAAAAUAGUGAUACAUACGCUGCUGUCAUCUCCGGUGCUUUAUCUAACGCUCUCUCCAAAUUGAAUCGUGAAAGAUUGACAAAAAGAAAUCGGGUGUCCAGUUUGACUGCAACUGGUAGCGGAGUAGCCAUAGCCAAAACACUGCAAGACCCUUUGCCCUCAAAUCCCGAUCAGGUAAAGGAUUGGAUUACAGCGAGACUUGCAACAUCUACAAGAGAUCUGUCUGCCAAAGAAGGAGAUGAAAAAUGUGCCGUACAGUCAGAUAUGGAAGGCAUUUUAAUACUACCGGGCCAGCCUACAAGUUCUUAUGGCAGCAAAGCUCACACCAUUUGUGUUUCCGAACCCACCAAUGUUUGGGCAGAUUACAUAUUUUGGUGGUUUUUAGCAUUUUGUACGGCUCUUUGCGGGACUAUCAUCUGUUUUGCGAAUUGGUCUGGAAUCUUGACCUUCUCAUACUUCCCAGUUUCGGUUGUGCUGUUCGUCCUUUUUUGUCAACGUCUAACGACAUCACCCAAUCGUGUCUUUGUUACUGGACAAAAAGUGAAUCUAGCAGACUUCAACAAAUCAGACGAGGGUCACCGUAGAAAUCGAUUGGGAUCUUCACCAAUGUCUGUUCGCCUUGCCGCUGCAGCUUCAACAUCAGCAACUUUGAAAGCAGAAGAUUCGGUGCGCAAACCAGUCAGAACUUCUUCUUUGCCUCGAAGAUCUUCAGCAGCAGAUGCUACUGCAACCAAAUUCCGUGAAAUAUUUCCUGUUCAGCAAAAAAGUUUACGCAGUAGUCUCGAAAGAGCUCUUCCAACUCGUAAACCAGUUCCGACUGAUUAUGCCCAUACUUCAGCGGAAAGUGUAACGGUGGCAGACGAAGACACACGAGAAAGGGAUGGCAACGAUUUCUCCGCCAGAUUUAGCGGUGCAGUCGGUACACUUAUGAGAAAGUCGAGCAAUUUCAGCUUGAAGAGUAGAAUCGUACAAUUGAUGAGAGAAAGCUCCAAUCAGGGACGUCCAAGUAGUGUUGGCAAUGGAAGCGAUCUUGAAGAUGGACUGAGAGGUUUUUAUGUACAUGAAAAUCAACAAGAUCCUUUGAUGAAGCUAGCUGCCCAAGGCUUGACAUCUUCGUCGUAUAGCAGUAGCACUCAUCCGAAUCGUAUCUCUCCUUCUACAAAGCGUUCUUCGGGUAGCAGCGGUCAGCCAGGUCAUCAAGCAAGAUCGCCACCACAAGAAUCUAGCAUGGAGGACGUCAACAACCAAUUGCACGACGAGAAAUUGAGUCGGAACUUGUUGAAAUUCAAUUCUCCGACUGAGAGAAAAACAAGAAAGAGUAGUCCAGCAAUGCUCAGUAUCAGACCAAACUUAGAACGCAAGAAUGGCGGAGCUUUGGACGUUCCGAUCUCUCCUCCAAAGACUGCGGCCUCAAUACGUACUCUUGCUGAUGAUCAUAGUUUGCCUAGACAUUCAAAGAUUUGGAGCGAACAACCAACUGACGAUAGCCUCUGGACCAGUUUGACGGAUGACGAAUCGCAGUACAAGCAAGGCCUUCAACCCAGGUACCGUCAACGAAGGCGAUUAGUGCUGAAUGGUCCUGUUACAGGAAAAAUGUAUGACCUCGAUGCGCUGUUGAGCACAAAUAUCCCAGAGUCAACAUCGAAUGAUACAACACAUUCAAGGAGCGAUCACACUUCUCUUCCCCAUUCGCCUGCAAUGCAAAGCGAGGAAUCCGAAAUUACUCUGCCAAUCUCUCCACAAGUGGUGCAAAGGGCUUACACAGCUGUAAAGCCUCUAAUGCCACUUGGCUAUCGUUCAACUACAUUAUCGCCAACGUUAGAAGUGAACGAAAGGCCAAGUAGCUUCUUGCAACAAAGUGCACCAAGCUCAAUUGCUUCCAAUCAAUUGUCCACUAUGCGAAAAGGCACCAAAAGUUCCAUCAAUGACAGAAACAGAUCGGAAAGCGUAGGUAACGCUUCACAAGAGCAUCAAGCUACAUAUGACACAUUUGGAAACUACGGCAACGUUUCGAUGGAUUACGUUCCUGGUAUCGCUUCUUAUCAAAAUACAACAGAUGUGCCUCUUGUCGCUUCUUAUCAAAACACAACAGAUGUGCCUCUUCUUGUUCCAAAUGAUUCACCUGAAGCUCAUGUCACGACGGGAAGGGACAGAGGUCUAAGCAAUCCUAACAGCAUUUCAUCCGUUAUGCUGAUAGGUCAAGUCCCGGCUCAUGCAAAUCGGACAAAGUCUGAAGUCGAAACAUUUGAUUAUUCGGUCGCGGGUAAAGAAGGUCAUGAUAGCAAAUCUUCAUCAAGCAAGAAAGUACCUUCUAGUGAAGCAAAUUCUUCUUCGGGUGGUUCUCUUUCGGUAUACCAUAGCCCGAAUACGUCUUUUUCUUUUUCAAUCGCUCAAGGUGCUAUGGGUGUACCAUUGCCGAAUCUCACCAACCUUCAGGAGGAUGCGAUCAUGGGAAUGCCAACUUCUAAUUUAUCAGCAACGGCUGUCCCUCUUACAACAAUCGACAGUCUUCGCGAUUUAGAAAAUGAAGAAGAAAUGGAGAACCUUCGAUCAAAUGAUUCAAGAUACUUGGAGAGGAGGACUGAUAUCAAAGGCAAGCAAAAAGCAGAAGAGGAUAUCGAAGAUACCUACAAAGGUGAAGUUCAAGGCAAAAAGCUUGACAAAAGUGAACAAUUCCUGCAAGAAGCAAAGCUGGGAGAUUCAAUCAAUCUCAGUGAUGACGUCGACAUUGACCAACAGCCAGACUGGGUUUUGGCAGAUGAGAAGAGAAAGGAAAAGGAGAGAAAGCUCGAUCAAGCACUCAAAGCAGGCAUCGAAAUGGCAGAUGAAGAUGUUUUGUCAAUCUUUUUAGACAAACGAGGAUUCUCACGUAGUCAAGCGGAAGAGUUGAAUGCUCAUAGGAAUGAAAGAAGAAAGAAGAGAUUGUCGAGAGAAGGGCCAACGCAAUCGAUGCGUUCAGCUCCAACUGAAAUGCAACGUAUCUUGUCAGGCGGAACGACUUCAACGUACCAUGAAGACGAUGAGAUCUCUUCCGCGUCUGAAUCUUCCACCUCACAAAUGCAGCAUGAUAAACUCUCUCAUGCCAGAACAUCUCCAGCUAUGGGCAAAAAAGGUCAAGAUCAAUAUUCAGAAGCUUCUUUCGGCUUGCAUGAUAUUGCUGACAAUCCGAAACUCAAGGAGAGGUCGAUCAGAUCAUUAUCGCCAUCAAGUCAAAAAGCAUCUUCACGAAAGAAACUCAAACAAAAAGAGCGUGCUCGAAGUCCCGAUCAACUUCAAAUAAGGGCAGCAGAAGCAGUUGUUCAAGCAGCACCGCAUCGAUCCAGCGUUCAUAUUCAAAAGAAUGCUGAAGUGCACAAGACAGCAAGCGGUGAUGAUUUGUUCCGAGGAGCAAGCGAGAACGUAAGCCCUUUGGUUAUUCCAAGUGCCAGUAUAUCUCCUCUUGCAACAAAAUUGCCUUCGCCAAUGGAGCAAGUUGAUAAGCCAAUCUUGGAACACAAGAGAAGCUUUGGACAAGUAACCACUGGAGGAUUCAGUGUGGAAAGUGACAACAGUUCUCGCGGAGCAAGCGUAAAGCGACAACUUUAUCUUCGUCAAAAUUCUGGCUCACAUUCCACUUUUAGCUCAGAUAGGCGCAAUCAACAAUCAAGUUCUUCAAAUUCUGGCUCAGCUGCAGUAUCAGAACAUGGAGAUUCAAUUUCCACCAGAAGUCCAAUGACGGGAAUGGGAGAACGAGGUGGAAUUGAUAUCGUGAAAAAGCAUGUCUUGCCAAAGAUCAAUACAGCAAGCUCUCCCGUCGUUACACCACAAUCAGCUUUGAUCGCCUUGGCAGGACCGCCUUCUCAUCCUCCAACCAUUCCACUUCCACCUCCACCACCAGAAUCAGAAAUGAACCCCAAGGAUCUCAGUCCAAUUUCUGGUAACAGUAUGGGUGCAAUAAGUUCCACUUCGCUAAACAAUCAACGUACUCUCGAACGAGUAGAGGAGGAUAGCGGUGAUUCAAGACCUUCAACGCCAGAAAUGGCGGCCAAAGCCAAAGCAAUCGUUAGGCAAAAGCGUAUGACUCCUCAAAGAAAUGAAUCUAACACUUCUAUAUUGAAUAGCGCCAAAGAAGACGACUCGAUUGCCGGAUCUUCUGCAUACGAAUCGGAUGAAAAAUUACCGGGCAGCAAGAAGAGAUUCAAGUCAAAGCAAAGAAGGGGCAAGUGAAUUACCACCACCAUAACAUAAUCACACUUCAAUCCACAGUCAAACUCAUUCUCUAAUUCACCAUCUAGUUCAUAAUUUCUAAUCUGUUCCCUCUAAUUCAUUCAUUUGUUUAUUUUAUCACA